AUGGCUUCAGACCCGAGACCAGACAUAAUCGUCGCGGUUGACUUGGGAACAACUUUCACAGGUAUGAAGGGCCUGCUUGCGUCCCUCCCUGUGCAGGUCAUAUACAACUGGCCGGGCUGUUCGACAAGAAACGAGCAGAAGGUACACACAUGUCUCGUCUACGGCAAGGAUGAGAAGCUCUCCACGUGGGGUUUCCUCUGCGAGGAUGACGACGAGCCCGAGGCCAAGCGCCGCGAGUUCUUCAAGAUCUUCCUCGACAAGAUGAACCUCCUCGAGGCACAGAUCAAAGGCCUUCAGGGUGCCCCCGAGUCGAUAGAACAGGCACAGCAGUUUGUGACCGACUACCUGCACCAGGUCUACGUCCACGUCAAGUCAACCAUAGAACACCAGACGGGCGUCGGGCCCUUUACAGGGUGGAAUGACCUCGCCGUCGAGUUUGUCUUCAGCGUGCCCACCACAUGGCGGAAUUUCGAGGUCAUCAACACGUACAAGGCGGCCAUCAACCAGGCAGGAUUCGGCACUGAGGGCCCAAAACACACCUCCACCGUCGAGCUGACCGAGUCGGAGGCUGCAGCAGUGGCAACCAUCAAGUCUACUGCCAUUCGCUUCCAAAAGGACGACAUCUUCCUCACCGUCGACGCCGGUGGCGGCACUACGGACUUCGCCCUCAUGCAGGUCAUGGAUGCCCGCGAACCUUUCCCGACUCUGAAGCAGUUGACACAGGUCGACGGCGUGGGGAUCGGAUCGACACUGAUAGACCGAGCAUUCCUCGAGCUUGUCGAGGACAGGAUCUUUCCCUAUUCAGACCUGGCAGAACAGCUUCCCCCAGACUGCAUCGAGAAGUUGGUGCGCAGUGAGAAGUUCAAAACGACCAAGCACAAGUUCGGAGAGAAGGUGUACAAUGCGCCGACCUAUAGGCUCCCGAUGGAGGGUAUGGGCUUCAAGUUCAAUCAUGAGGGCGCAGGGAUCGAAUCAGGAAGAUUCUUGGUUACCAAGGAGGAGAUGCAGUCUCUAUUCGACCCACAUAUCAAUAGCAUGUUGAAGAAGAUACGAGAACAGCUCGAUUUUGUUCAGCUGAAAGCCUUCGGCAGCCCACAAAAAUACCUGAUUCUCUCCGGCGGUCUGGGCAGCUCUGCAUACGUGCGCGAACGGCUGCAGGAGGAUCUCAAGGAGAACGUUCACCCUAAUGCGCAACAGAUUCAGAUCAUCUCUGCCGCUGACCCGCAGCUUGUGGUAGUGAAGGGUCUUCUUCUGGACCGCCUCCAGAGGCUCGACACCGGCUCCAAGCCUGUGCUUGUCACGCGAAAAGCCAGAGCCAGCUACGGGCUCAUGUGCAAGAUGAAGUACAACCCCGAGAUCCACUUCCGAGAGGAGCUGAAGACAGAUCCUCUGGACGGACAGACGUAUGCCAUGAGCCAGAUUGACUGGUUGAUAAAGAAGGGCGACGACAUCGACCCCAGCGUGCCUAUAAUAUCCAAGUUCAGCCAGAAGAUAGAGAAAGGAAGCUCGGUGCGGCAUUGGGACUCCAUCGUCGUGAUAUCACACAAUGAGCCCGAUUUCCUACCCGUUAGUAUGAAGGAUGCCGGAGCAAAGCAGCUCUGCACGGUCCGCAGUGACCUCUCCGGUGUGGCCGACAGCGAGCUCGACCCGCAGAGGCACUCACGUGGCAUGUUUUCCCGGAGCAAGAAGUGGUUCAACUGCGACUACGAGGUGCGAGCCACUGUUGGGCCGGCAGAUCUCACCUUUGAGCUGUGGCACAAGGGACAGAAACUCUCCGCGGACCAUUCCCCCAUCAAGGUCACCUGGGACGAGGAUGGCGCGGCCAGCGGGCCCCAGGAGAAGCUGCAGGUCACCUCGGGGGCGAGCAGCCCAGUGAUCAGCAGCGCGGCCGUGUCUGUGUCUGGUGUAAGCACCGCGGGCCAUAGUGAACACAGGUACGUUGUCCAACGCCAUGUCGCAGCCCCUUUCUCUCUGAAUAUUGCUACAUGGUCCUGA